AUGGGCGUGUCGCGUUUCGUCGUGUUUCAAGAUUUGGACGAGUUCCUGAUUCCGCAGAAACCGAACUCAUCUGAAGAGGCUGCGCCCCUUUUGGCGACGUUGAAUGCUCUAUUCGUCAAGGAUGUUGCUGCGAUUCGUGUGCCCGCCCAAUAUAUGAGAAUCACAGAACCGGGAGGAUUGAAAACCCUUCGAAACACAAUCCGGAGACAUACUCUGGAAUUCAAGCUAACCAAAUGCGUCGUGCGUCCCGAAAUGGUCUUUGAGCAGGGAAUCCAUCAUACGAGUCGAGUGAUUCAAGAUCAAUAUGAAGUCCUCGACAUCGACAAAUCUUCCUUGCUUCUCUAUCAUUUCAAAAAUAUGGGAGGAUCUGAGAUAGACGACACUAUUCCCAUCAAUUAUGGAGAUCGUUUACGCCAAAGAUACGACGAAGUGCUGAAGAAAGUUCAUCUGUAA